AUGUGGCUGUCAUUAAAAGGUGCUAAAAGGUGCCUAGAUCCAUCGCAUCGCAGAAGAGCUUGCAAGGUGCUAAUAAAAUGCGAGGAAUGCAGCAGUACAGAUCAAGUGACCUCAAUGCACUCACACCAAGGCGGGGAGCAGGCAGCUGAGGAAAAUACCACUCGCCAGCAUAACAUUACCACUGCCUGCGCACAAGUAUGUGGAGACGAUACAGCAAUGGCGGGCAAAUCAUGUGCAAAGAUUGUUCCUGUGGUUGUCAGUCACAAACGUGAUAAAACAGUGACUGUCCGAACAUAUGCGAUAAUUGAUGACCAAAGUAAUAAGUCACGAGUUUCGGAGAAGCUUCUUGACCUAUUUGACGUCCAAUAUCAAGAAACAAAUUAUUCGCUCACAUCCUGUAAUGGAGUAAUGCAGGCAAAUGGCAGAUAUGCUAGUGGAUUCGUUGUUACGCACCUUAUCCCAGAGCAGGAUGAACGCUGCUCCAUCACACUGCUAAUAGGAAGGGACCUCAUCGAAGCACAUCAUGUUCUAGACCAGAUAAUUGGACCGGCCAGCGCACCGUACGCACAAAGGCUGCGAUUGGGUUGGGUAAUCAUCGGUGAAACCUGCCUUGGUGGGUCCCACAUGCCCAAUUCCAUUGGAACAUACAGAACGAGUAUCAUUAUCCAAAACAAUGCAAAGCCUUCAACAUUGGACCCAUGUCCCAACCAGAUAAAAGUGGAAGAGCUAUUUGACAAGGGUGAGGAUUCCAUGAGUCUAUCUAGGGAAGAGAAGCAGUUUGUCAAUAUCAUGGAGGCUGAAGGAAAGCUAAGUUCAAAUAAUAUGUGGACAGCUCCAUUACCAUUCAGAUCACCUAGACCAAGGCUACCAAAUAACCGCCAACAGGCAUGGAAAAGGGCAUGCAUACUGCAUAAAAGUCUUGUCAAAGAUUGCGUCAAAAGGCAACACUUUAUUACCUUUAUGAAAGGAGUUUUGGACAACGGACAUGCGGAAAGGGCCCCACCACUCAACAAGGAUGAAGAAUGCUGGUACCUACCGUUAUUUGGUGUUUAUCAUCCCAAGAAAAGGGAUAAAAUACGAGGCGUAUUUGAUUCCUCUGCCACCUUUCAGGGAGUGUCACUGAACAAGGUACUGCUCAAAGGCCCUGAUUUGACAAAUGGACUGGUAGGGGUACUAAUGCGUUUCAGAAGGGAAGGUGUCGCUGUUUGUGGGGAUAUAGAGAGUAUGUUUUAUUGUUUUGGAGUGGCCGAGGAGCACAGGAACUUUUUAAGAUUUUUCUGGCAUGAAGAAAAUGACAUUAGCAAACCGCUAGUAGAGUAUAGGAUGUGUAAGCAUGUAUUUGGAAACAAACCCUCUCCAGCAGUUGCUAACUAUGGCCUACGAGACAUCAUCAAAAAUGCUGAUCCUGAUGUGGUAGAAUUUGUCAAUAACAAUUUCUAUGUAGAUGAUGGGUUAACAUCUUGCGAGGAUCAUGAAACUGCAAUAUCAUUGGUGAAAAGAACGCAGGCUGCUUUAAUGGAUGGUGGCAAAAUACGCCUACAUAAAAUUGCUUCUAACAGCCAAGAGGUACUAAACGCAUUUGAUCGAGAAGAAAUUGCAUCAGAGAUUUCAAUAGAAGUAGUGGAUUCAACUGUACAUGUGUAUUGUGACGCCUCUGAGCAGGCUGUUGCAGCAGUGGCGUUCUUAAAGACAAACAGUGUAAAGGGGACCGAAGUUGGAUUUAUAAUAGGAAAAUCACGUAUAGCUCCUAGACAAGGUCAUACCAUUCCCCGUCUCGAACUCUGUUCUGCUGUGCUUGCCACUGAAUUAGCCAAAGUAGUCACCACAGAGCUAGACUUUUCUCCCAAAAGUAUCAGUUUCUAUUCAGACAGUAGGAUAUUUCUGGGUUACCUUAACAACAACACAAGGAGAUUUCAUACUUAUGUAGCCAACAGAGUUGAAAAGAUAUUGUCAUUCUGCGAACCACACCAAUGGCACUACAUAUCGACAGGUCAGAAUCCUGCGGAUCACGGUACUAGAUGUAUUGAUCCUGUGAAAAUGCAGAAUUGCACUUGGCUUACUGGUCCCCAGCAUUUGCAUCUAAUUAAUGAAGAGGAACAAGCAACGUUUCCUCUCAUUGACCCUGACAAUGAUAAGGAAAUCAGGAAGGAAAAUGUAACUGUAAGUAAGACAGUAAUAUGCAAAACGCGAAUGCUGAGUGAAGAGAAACUUAAACGCUUUUCAUCAUGGUCAGGCUUGACACAAGCUGCUGCAUACUUGAAACAUCAAGCAUCAUCCUUUAGAACAGAAGGGCAAAUACCACCAUGCUCUGGGUGGCAUGCGUGCACACAGCAUAAAUCCGUAGAAAAAUAUAAGCAAGCUGAAAUCUUCAUUAUCAAAAUUCACGUCCACUAG